AUGGUCCAUGGCAGGGGAGCUGUCGCCACGGGCCGGUGGAGGCGGCUUGCAGUGCUGUGUCUGGCUUUAUUCUUGGCGUGGGCCUGCGUAAAUUUUUUUCUUUUCCCACCGGCGGUGCAGAGCCCCGCACAUGCCAGUCGCAGCAUACACACAAGCCCCAUCUUGCUGAAUAAGGGCACUUGGGAAACAGGACCAGGCGAGGCAUUAUGUGCGAAUGAAGCUUCCAUCUGCGAACACAGGGAGGCGCUUGAGAAUUUGCGAGGCACGAUUAGGGGCCAGGUGUUGUGUAAGGGGAUGGACGUAUAUACCCUCUCUGCACGGGUGUUUAACGCACUGAGAGACAAGGAACCUGGCGUGGUUGUGCGGCCAUUAACAGUUGAGGACAUCAAAGCUGCCCUCCAGGCAGCAGCCAACUUUAACAUGACUGUCACUGUCAAGUGUGGUGGCCACAACCCAGCUGGCCUAGCAACUAACGACUGCGGGAUGCUUAUUGACAUGUACUACAUGCGUGGCGUCCAUUGGGACAGCGACUUGCACAUAAUUGCUGAAGGAGGUGCACUCUGGAAGCAUGUCCACCCUCUCUUGGCAGAGGCAAACCGAUCAAUCGUGGGGGGUGGCUGCCCUGAUGUGGGCGUUGUGGGUCUGGUGGUUGGGGGUGGUGUUGGCUGGACUUCGCGCUCCCAUGGCCUUGCAGCUGAUAAUGUACUGGAGGCAACGGUCGUGCUGCCCAACUCGACAGUGGUGACGGUCGACACAGACAAUCAGCCGGACCUGUUCUGGGCAUUGAAGGGAGCCGGAGGCAGCAAUUUUGGGGUGGUGGCCAGCGUGAAGUUGAGGACGUUCCCAGCACACGAUCACUACUUUGCUGGACAGUUUUGUUUCCACAGGAGGGAGAAUGACACCGCUGACGUGCUCAGGGUUCAUGGGAAGGUGCUGCAGGCCAGGGAUAUGGACGACAGGUUGACUGUGGACCUCUUCAGCAGCCGACAUCCUCCUGGGGAAGGGGAUGGGGAUGGUUAUUUGCCGAUCCGCAUGUGUUAUGGCUUGUUUUUUGAUGGACCAAUUGAUGAGGCCCUUGUCAUUGCAAAAGGCGUUCUUGAGGACCUGUCUACACUUGUAGAUGAAGAGACUGCCUGCAGGUAG